AUGAAGCAGGGGGGAGGCACCAUCGACACAAGCGCUUUGUCCAGCGGCCGUGGGCUGUCCACGGGCUCCCCGUCCGUGGCUCCAGUCUGGAGCUCUCCGACAUCAGUGAAGACAACAGCGGGCUCCACCGGCUCCUACAUCCCCAGCUACACCUCGUGGUACCCGAGCACACACCAAGAGUCUAUGCAACAGUCGCAGCUCAUUGAGUUGGGUUGGUUUGGGGUUCGGUCCGUGUUCCAGAGACAACACUGUAAUAGCUGCACUAAAGUAAAGCUUUAUGCGGGGCCCGGAUCGGUGUUCUGCGACAUGCUGAGGGCCUGUCGGAGUGCUGCCUUCAGAAACACGUGGAUGUGA